AUGGAGAAGCCGGGCGUGACCCUGAGCGCCGCGGUCCGGGAGCACCUGAGACACUUGUGUCUGCGCGAGUUCCCGUGCGGCACCGGCAGCUGGAAUAAGUCACGCUUUCUUCCUCGAACUUGGCGAACAUGGAAGGAGCUGGUCCCCAGAGAGGAGGAGGCCGUGAACCCUGGGGAGGAGACCGUGGAGGCACUGCUGGGCCUGGUCCGCAGCCCCCACUCACCCUGGGCUCUGCUGGAGGGCUCCAGUGCAGAGGACCAUUUUCUGAGAGAACUGGCCAUCCAGAAUCCGCUGGUGCUCAAAGACACCUUCUUCUACUCCUACUUCGGGUCCCUACGGGUGGUGGACAAGCAGGUGAGCCUGGUGGAUAAAGGUCUCCUGAAAUUUCAGAAACUUGAAGAGUUGGUACUGAGUGCCAAUCAAAUCAAGGAGAUCGACGCCGUCAACCUGCCCCCAACCCUCAAGGUGCUGGAGCUCUACGGCAACAAGAUCAGCAGUCUGGAGUGUCUGUGCACUAGCCCGCCCCCUUUUCUCCAGCACUUGGGGUUGGGUCAGAACAAGCUUCUGGGCCCCUUGGAAAGUCUGUAUGUCACCGCGGAUCACUGGCCCAACCUCAUCUCUCUGGACCUGAGCUUCAACGACCUGACGGACCUGCAGGGCAUGAUCGCCAGCCUCAGCACCCUCCCACACCUGCGGCUGCUCGGGCUGCAGGGGAACCCCCUGGCCCUGGUGCCCUACUACCGAGGCUUCACCAUCGACAGCCUGUCCGGGCUCUGCGUGCUGGAUGACAUCACCGUGUCUCCCAGUGAGAAGCAUCAGUUCCGGGGGCUCAGCCACAGUGGGGACCUCUUGGCCCGUGAGGCCCAGCUCGUGGUGACUAUUGGAAAUGUCAAGGGCGUUCUGGACACCUCUAUCCUGGACCCGGAGCCGGGGCCUCAAGGCCCUUUUAUUACUUACAGCUACUACGUGACCUACGAUUUUGUGGAAGACGAAGAAGGAGAAGGAAGUGAUUACGGUGGCGUGCUGGCUGAGAUCGUCAGGCCGUCACCCAGCAUGGAACAGCUGGGCGAGGACAUUCCCGAAGAGGUCUUCGAGGAGGCUGAAGACUCGCUAGAGUCCGGGCUGUCCACCCAGUCGGGAGAGCUGGAGGGUUCGGUGGCCUCGGGCGGGUCGGGGCCCUUGCCCAGGGUGACCGACUCCGCCGAGGAGCUGGCCAAGUUGCGGCCGCGAAUGGAUCCCCGGCUCUGCUCCUCCCCAGGGACGGUUCUCUUCAGCACCAUCCGCAAGCCCUGGACUGAUGUCAUCCCCUGCAACUACGAGAUGCACCACACGCUCAGGGACCUGGUGCCCCUCAAGGCCUUCCUGCUGGCGGGGACCACCGUGACCAUCGUGGAGGAGAAGAUUCUCUCCUGGCCUCUGGUGCCUCCGCCUGUCGAGACUGUGUUGCCUGCCAAGAAAGGAAAAGGGGAGAAGGACAAGAAGGGGAAGAAGGACAAAGACAAGAAGGGAAAGGACGGGAAGGACAAGGCCGGGAAAGGGGAGAAAGAGACGGCGCCGAAGGAGCAGAAGGCGUCCAAGAAGAAGGAGCUUCCUAAGGAACUCCGCCAGGACCCGCCCAUCCUGCGGGUGCUGGGCAGCGGCUUCGUGGCCCUGGAGCCCCUGCUGGUGGGGGAGCCACUGGUGUCCGAAGUGUGCAACUUCGGGGUGAUCCGCACCCUGGAAACUGACAGGCUGACCUUUCUCAGGGAUGCAAAGAAGAACAAGAACAAGAAAGCUAAAAGGGAAAAAAAAUCUGCGGCUCCAAAGUACGACAGCGACUACCAGCCCCAGCCGCUGACCGUGGAGGUGCAGAUCCAGCUGAACCAGUACCGCUCGGCCGAGGAGGCGCUCCGGGAGAUCGCCCUGUAG